AUGAAACCAUCUAAACUGCAAGAUCAUCUGAGAAGAUACCACCCUGAUAAAACAGAGAAAGAUUUGAAAUACUUUCAAACACUCAAAGAUAAAUUUCAGAAGAGACCUACACUGGACAGAAUGUUCGCUUCGACGUCACAAAGAAAUGAUGAUGGUUUGCGGGCGUCUUACAAUAUCUCGUUACUUAUAGCAAAAUCCGGAAAACCGCAUAAUAUCGGAGAGAAGUUAAUUUUGCCAGCCGUUGAAGAGGUAUUAAAAACUGUUUUACACAAACCUGCAUCUGAUAUCAUUAAAAGAAUUUCCUUAAGCAACAAUACUGUUGAAAGACGUAUUGAUGAAAUGAGUUCUGAUAUUGAAAGCUUCUUAUGUAAUUAUUUGCAAACGACCCAUUUCUCUCUACAACUGGACGAGUCAACUUUACCUGAUAAUGCAGCAUUAUUAUUGGCAUAUGUUCGUUUUAUUAUGAAUCAAGAAAUCUACGAAGAACUGCUCUUCGCAAGAACUUUGAUAACCGACACUAAAGAUUUUGAAUCUAGGUUUGAGGAUAUUUUGACUAUGGUAAUACCACCGUGGAUAAUUAAUCAACAUGGUGACAUAGAAGAAACGAAUGUCAUAAUACAAGAGGAACUAACUGAACUAAGUACAAACGAAGAACUUAAGGUUCAGUUUAAAAACGGAUAUCAGCAAUUCUGGCUGCAAAACAACAUUCCCGUUACUUAUCCCGUAUUAUGGAAUAUAGCGAGGAAAUUCUUAGUGCCAUUGGCAGUGGCGCGGAUUCAGGUAUCACGGACGAAAAAUGGAAAAUAUGAGGUUCGUAAGAACAUCGCCUCACCAGUGAUCGCAGAGACUGACAGUACAAGAACAAGCUAA